AUGGAGCCCUUUCGUGUACGGCUUAACUGCAUCGAUCAUUACCUGGCGACCGCGUCGGAACUAGACCCUCAAGUACCCUUCCGGGAUGGAGUUUCAGGAAAGAAUUACAGGCCCAAAGUACCUGUGAUCCGAGUAUUUGGAGCGACCGAAACUGGGCAACGAAUCUGUGUCCAUGUCCACGGUGCAUUUCCGUAUCUGUACAUCGAAUACAAUGGGUCGCUGGCGCCUGAAGCCGGUGCGUCUAAAGACACAACGAACCAAUGCGCAGUUGAAUUUUCUUUGCUGAACGAGAUUCUUACUGUAGUGAGCUCGGCGAUCCGUACUCUCCACCUUUCAAUCGAUCACGCCCUGGCAGUUAGCUACCGUCGCAAUGCUUACGAUAGAAAGACGGCUUAUGUCGCGCACAUUACGUUGGUUAAAGGGAUUCCAUUCUAUGGAUAUCAUGUUGGCUAUCGAACUUUCUUCAAGAUCUACCUGCUCAACCCAUUCAAUAUUACUCGCCUAGCAGAUCUGCUACAUCAAGGAGCAGUGAUGAAACGGCCACUCCAGCCGUACGAGAGCCACCUACAGUAUGUCCCGCAAUGGAUGUGCGAUUACAAUUUAUACGGAUGUGGGUACAUGAACUGCAGCAAGGUCAAGUUCCGAGCCCCGGUACCUGAAUAUUUGGAACUCAGCAAUCUCAACCAUCGCUGGCAUGACCGCUCUAUCAACCCCGAAAGCAUCCUUGACGACCCAGCUCUGCAGAAACAGAGCCACUGCCCCCUGGAAGUUGAUGUCUGCGUGCAAGACAUACUUAACCGAUUGGACAUUAAAGAACGCCCUUUGCAUCACGAUUUCACAGAAUUCUUGAGGCCAGCUGCGGUCAACGAGCGCCUGGUUCCCAGCGUAGCCGGCCUUUGGCAGGAUGAGACGAGGAGGCGCAAGAAACGGAUGGGAAUUACAGAUUCUGACAGUACCCCUUUUGGGCCGGAGGAUUUGGUCUCUAUGUCUGCCGACCCACGGAAUCAAGCCAAAGGAGGUUGGGUUCACGAAGAGGAAUUUCGUGAAUUGGCCCUUCGAAUCACCGCUGACGAAAGUUCCGAAGAUAACGGGAGAGAAACAUCCUUUGAAAAAUUUCUAGGUCCGGAUGCCGACAAAGCCAAUAUCAAAACAGCUUUGACUAGCGUGCAGGAUUUCUAUCCAGACACAUUGAAGUACUCAAAUUUGGACAAUCAUCAUGUUCCGCUGAAUUUCGACGAAGAGUCGGCUCAAAUUUCUGUUGACGAAGGCCUCGCCCUAUCUUCUCAGGUCGAUGAAAACUAUGCUUCGGAGCCGGAGCUAGACCAGUCUAGGACUGACGAGGACGGAGGGGAAGAACCUCAGGAGCAGUCGCAUCUCUUUGAGAAGGGAGCCCUUGAGGAGAGCUUCUAUGAUGGCAUUUUCGAUGAAUUCCCCCAACCACAUGGGGCUCAACCAGGGCCUCCGCAUGAGUCCAACGCCCCCAGUCUGGAUUCGAAUCAUACAUUUUUGAAGGUGCCUCCUUCUUUCGAGCUGGGUCUCAAAGCCGAUAUACAAGCGCAGCGCGAGCUUGACGAGAAGACGAGAAGUUCGAAACGACCUUAUGCUGAAACGACCUAUGAUGAAGCAGUGCCACCAAUCAAGAAGCCGAGAUUCUGGAGCGACCCAGACCAGAAAGCUGCACAGGAACAUCCUACCGACAGACUUGAUCACUCGGAGACCACCAAGAGGGUUGAUCGCCCCAGCCAGCAUUUGGAAGCCUCGCAGUCUUCUGAGCCUAGGUCAUCCUCAUCCCAGAAGACAAUACGUCCGUCAAAGGCGACGGCGCAAGUACACAACAGCAGACUAAAUUUCCCUGUUGUCAAGGAUCCAAAUGAUCCACUGACAAUCCUACGUUUCAGCCAAGACGAUGGGAAUUCAUCAUCGAAGAAAGACCCAGGAUCUCGGCCUAUAUCAAACUCGCUUCCGUCGGGAUCAGUCACCAGCGCUACCACAGGCGAUGAUAGCGGAGCUACUUCUUCGCUCCCCCGCUCGUCCUCUACGGUCAUACAACCCCCGAUUGCACUAGAUCCGCACGUCGCUGGUCUUAAGUCAACAGUUCAAAAUUCGUUUGACUUUCAACAAGACACUACUGUGUGUCUAUUCCGAUUCGCUGGUCCCAGCACCAAUGAAGUAGAAUCAACCAUAAAUGACUUUGGUCGUCCUUCUGUCGUCUAUCAAAAAGCAUAUUACAGUAACGAGGCUGAUGUUCCCGAAAGACCCCGGCAGUACGCCGGCCGGGAGUUUCGCUUGGAAAGUGACACCAUACACUUUCUCCCCACAUUUGACCCGUCAGGCAAUCUGCCUGCCGUGUUUGGCGAGCAGCAACCUAUUCUCGUUGACCGAGAGAAGCAGGAGACGCUUGAUGAGCAACUGCGCGAAUCAUGUACUGCCAGGGUUUGGGAAUUCGCUCCAGUGCCACCCAGUCGGUCCGAAGUGGUCGACUGGUGGGAACAGAUUGAGGCAUCGGCACGCAAAGCCAGUGCAACUACAACACCAGUCAAACACAAACCUCGCCCCGUUAAGAAUGUGGAAGCUUUGUCACAGAUUGAGGGCCCGACACAACAGAACCCUUAUGGCUUCAAAUACUCUCAAAAAGCGCAGAGCACUAGCGUGGAGCAUCAAACCCAGUACAUGAGUACGAUGAGUCUGGAAGUUCAUGUGAACACUCGUGGGACGUUAUCCGCUAAUCCAGACGAGGAUGAGAUAUCUUGCCUCUUCUGGUGCCUGCAAUCCGAAGACGAGGACAUCGAGGUCAAUAGCCAUCUGCCAGGUGUCCAUGUUGGGAUGAUCUACCAAGGCGAGGGCGAUAGGCCAGAAGCUAAGAUAUCGAAAGCUCUGAGGAUAGAGGUUGAGCAUGAAUCAACCGAACUUGACCUGAUCAACCGACUGGUUGACAUUGUUCGCUACCACGACCCUGACAUCAUCACGGGCUAUGAAGUUCAUAAUGGCUCCUGGGGGUACGUGAUCGAACGAGCGCGGAAGAAGUAUGACUUUGAUCUAUGCGCCGAGUUAUCCAGAGUCAAGUCGCAAUCGAAGUCGAAGUUUGGCAGAGAGGAUGAUCGUUGGGGGUUUGAGCAUGCGUCAUCAAUCCAAAUGACUGGCCGACACAUGAUCAAUAUCUGGCGUGCAAUGCGAGGCGAGCUGAACCUCUUGCAGUAUACCAUGGAGAAUGUUGUUUUUCAUCUCCUGCAACGUCGGAUUCCCCAUUACUCGGCCAAGGACCUCACGCAAUGGUACCAAAGUGGAAAAACUAGGAACAUGAUCAAGGUCGUGGAGUAUUUCACAUCGCGAGUGCAAAUGAACCUGGAAAUCAUCGAGGCCAAUGAGAUGAUCCCCCGAACUAGCGAGCAAGCGAGGUUGCUGGGAAUUGACUUCUACUCUGUGAUUGCCCGCGGAUCCCAAUUCAAAGUCGAGUCUUUGAUGUUCAGAAUUGCCAAGCCGGAGAAUUUUCUGCUUGUCUCUCCAAGCAGGAAACAAGUUGGACAGCAGAAUGCCCUGGAAUGCUUGCCUCUGGUCAUGGAGCCGCAGAGUGACUUCUAUACAAGUCCUCUUCUGGUUCUCGACUUUCAGUCGCUCUACCCUAGCGUUAUGAUUGCUUACAAUUACUGCUACUCGACCUUUCUUGGCCGAGCUGUCCAGUGGCGCGGCAGGGAUAAAAUGGGUUUCUUGGACUACAAACGGGAGCCACGACUCCUGGAGCUGCUGAAGGACAAGAUCAACAUUGCACCGAAUGGCAUGAUGUACGCGAAGCAAGAAGUCCGCCAGUCACUGCUUGCCAAGAUGCUGACGGAAAUUCUUGAAACGCGAGUCAUGGUCAAGAGUGGAAUGAAGGCCGACAGAGACGACAAGAUCUUGCAACGGUUGCUCAAUAAUCGGCAACUAGCUCUGAAGCUCAUUGCCAACGUGACAUACGGAUACACAUCUGCUUCGUUCUCUGGUCGGAUGCCCUGCUCUGAGAUCGCAGACAGCAUCGUACAAUCGGGGCGGGAGACCUUGGAAAAAGCAAUCGCGUUCAUCCAUUCUGUCGAGAGAUGGGGUGCCGAGGUUGUCUAUGGAGACACUGACAGUUUAUUUGUCUAUCUCAAGGGUCGCACCCGAGCCCAGGCAUUUGACCUCGGCGAAGAGAUUGCACAAGCAGUGACAGACAUGAAUCCGCGCCCCAUCAAACUCAAGUUCGAGAAAGUCUACCACCCCUGCGUCCUUUUAGCCAAGAAACGUUAUGUUGGUUUCAAAUACGAACAUCGCAAACAAGCUGAGCCUGAGUUCGAUGCCAAAGGUAUUGAGACUGUGCGACGUGAUGGAACGCCUGCAGAGCAAAAAAUUGAAGAGAAGGCCCUUAAGCUUCUUUUCCGAACUGCAGACCUUAGUCAAGUGAAAUCUUACUUCCAACGGCAAUGCAGCAAGAUUAUGCAAGGCCGUGUCUCUAUUCAGGAUUUCUGUUUCGCUCGGGAGGUCCGACUGGGUACCUACAGUGAGCGCGGCACUCUCCCCGCUGGAGCGAUGAUCAGUACCAAGCGCAUGUUGGAGGACCCUCGUUCGGAACCGCAGUACGGCGAACGAGUCCCAUAUGUCGUCGUUACUGGCGCACCUGGAUCUAGACUCAUCGACCGAUGUGUGGCACCAGAUACACUUCUUCAUGACGCACAGCUCGAUCUCGAUGCCGAGUACUACAUCACCAAGAAUCUCAUCCCACCCCUCGAGCGAAUCUUCAAUCUUGUUGGAGCAAAUGUGCGGCAAUGGUAUGACGAAAUGCCCAAGGUGCAACGAAUUCGCCGAGUUGAUGCAUCAUCAAACUCGACCCUGUCUCGCUCGAAUCGGGAGGUUGCCAUUUCGAAGAAAACCUUGGAGUCUUACAUGCGGUCCUCUUCCUGCAUCAUCUGCCGAGCCAAGUUAACUGAUGCUGCCGUUCCCGUAUGUUCUGAGUGUCUGCAGCAGCCGCACCUCGCUCUUUUAAAUGUUUUUUCUCAGCUGCAGCGGGCUGAAAAACGAGUCCUUGACUUGGAGGCUGUGUGUCGGUCAUGCAUGGGGGUUCCACCAGGCGACAGUAUUGCGUGCGAUAGCAUGGAUUGUCCAGUUUUCUACUCCAGGACUAGAGACGCAGCUGGUUUGCGACAUACAAGGGCUGUUUUGGAACCUGUGGUGGAACUGCUGGAGAAGAAAGGGGACGAAGGCUUGGAUUGGUGA